GUCAACGCCCCCUGCACCACCCGCCAGCCAACCAACCAUGCAGGAGCAGGAGCAGACAGGCCCAUCUGAAGAGACGGUACUGACCUUCAGUCUGCUCAGAGGCCCUGCCUCGCACCUCAUGAGUCUUCCCUCCAUAGAUGCAUCUAAUGCUCAGGAAGCCGCUCGGAAUCUCGAAUCAAUCUGCACUGUUCUGCGCGCCAUGCCCGAUCCAGAGUCCCAUUUUGACAAGAAGCUGAUCGCCUAUACUCAACAUGCCCUCAACCAUGUUCUCCAGCUCUGCCAAAAGUUUAUGCUGCCGGAGAAGCGCUUUGAUUUUCUGGUCGAGGCCUGGUGCAAGUGCCUGGAUUUCAUCCUACGGCUGCCAGACGGAUAUGCAUUUGUGAUGGGCUCCAAUUGGCAGUUCAGCAUGGUAUUGCUCGACGUCCUGCUCCGCGUAGUCGAUGGCCUGAUGCCAAGGCCACCACAGGCACAAAAGCAGACUAAAGACGCCACAACGUUGACAAAGGAUCGAAUGUCAGAUGAGACGCGUCUUGCAGCCCUUCGAUGUCUGAUUCUCGCCCUUCCUCAGGAUAAAAGCGCAUCCACCCUACUGGAUGGAAUUGCAGACACAGGAUAUGCCCUUCCGGAUUCAGAAGACGUGAUGAACAGUUUUGGAAGGCGACUGAGGACAAACAAGGACACAGAAGUUCAGGCACUUCUCCUAGGCCCGAAAUGUCAGUCUCUUAUCGGUCAAACGGUGCUCGCUCUUUUGGAUGCUGCCAAGGACGCCAAUCUUUUGUCUCUUCGUACGACCGCAUUGGAGGGUGUUAGGAGGUUAAUCGGAUGUCUUGAGACCCCAGAGCGAAUUGCGACUUGGUUUCCAGGGGUGGCGGCCGGCCUCACCAAGGCGAUGACGGAGCGUGGACUCAAAGAACACCACAGUGUCUUAUGUAAAGCACUGGAAAUUUGGACGUUCAUGAUCGUACACGUUCUCGGUGGUCAAUUUCCUGCUGGGCCAUCAAUGGAGGAAGCGGUGGCGAGCGGCGCAAGCCUGAGUGCGACACUGAUGGAUAUGUAUAAAACCAAGGCCAAAUUGACAACCCAACCGGUAACAGCAACAACAACAACAACAGCAUCUAUGGCGGAGGGGUUUGGAUCAGUGACAUGGAUGAGGAAGAUGAAUCAUGGCCUGCAGACCCUCUUCAAACAGGUUGCACCGCUGCGGAAUCAUUCUCACUGGAUGGUGCGCUACCAAUUUGGAGAAAUGGCGUUCAGGAUCCUCAAGGAUUGCCAGAACCCGAUCACCAUUAUGAGUGGAGGUCCAAGUCCGUUUGGAGUUGCAGCUUUCUUGCUCGAGACAUUGAUUGGAUGUACGCAGGACGAAUACAAGGAUGUAUCCACGCCCGCAAGAUCGUAUAUUGGACAACUCACCGCAGAGUACAAGGACAUGGGCCUUACAAAUGUUGGCAAGGAGAUCUUGCGAGAGAGAUUGAUGGCUCUAUCCCGCGUACUAUAUGGGAUCGAUGAGAGAGUGAAGCAGGGCGCGAUCCGGAUGGCACAGGGACUGACGCUGUUCAUUGGGACUCAGAUGCGGUCGCUUAUCAACCACCAGACCUUGUUGUCCUAUGUUCAGCCAUGGAUCAACGUUUCGACCGUCGAGCAGCUGGAUCCGCAUAAUAUGGAGGAACGAGGUGGACUCUUGGAUACGGCGUCUACUGAGAAUAGCAUCGAAUCAGGGAAUAUGCAAGAGCAAUGGAGGGUAUGGGUCCAGUCGCAUAAAGGAUCUGGUCGAAAGUUCGGUUUUCCUCGCAGAAUCCAUCUUCACUUGCGAGAGCAGCAGACAUCACACGCAUUCAUGGCUUUUAUUCGGCAAGUUGGAUCAACUACAGAGAUCGACAUCUGGACAGAAGAGCUCAUUUCAUGCCUACAGCAGGAUAGCCGGGCGGUGCGCGACAACCAGGAAUGGUUCGACUCUAGAUCUGUCUCGUCUGUGCUAAUGUUGAACCAACUGCUUCUUGGAGCUUACGGCAUCAAGCUUUCAACUAUCGGCGACACAUUCAACCCAACUACAGCAGUCAACAGCACACAAAAGGAUCUGGACGGCGAGAAGAAGGCAUCGUCUCUUAGAAGAAAACGCCAACGACAUGUCAGAAGAGCUGCGAAGAGUGUGCUGGAUGAAUACUUGGCGGUCUUGGCGGAAUGUUCACAGAUUUCCGCCGACGUGACAGCGAGACAGGAAGCGACUCAAAAUGCAGCGUCGUCUGCAGCCAAGAAUAGUCGGACCAAAAAGCUGGCUCUCGCAUCGCUGUUUGGCAUGGAGGGUGAAGGAUUCGAUAUUGAGCAACCCGAGACCGUGAUUUACGACCACAACACCGAUAUCACCUUGCAGUGCCUGCUUUUGGAGGGGAUUGCAUCUGUCGCUCUGGUGCUAGGUGGUACGGAGUUUGAAAUGGAACUUGUACGAGUGCUGUACGUCUUACUCGAACAUCUUGGCGAUCAGGAUUCGGCGCUUGUGAGAGACACUGCUGAGGCGACACUAGAACACGUUGCGUUUGUUUGCCACUAUGACUCAAUCGGGGAUUUGAUUCAGGCUAACUACGACUAUGUGAUUCAUCAAGUGUCACAGAGAAUCGCCUUCCUGGGUUCGAACCCGAAAACGCCGCAGGUCCUUUGGUCGCUCAUCCGCGUUGUUGGACCGCCUGCGAUCUCCAUGCUGGAGGACUCGGUCACAGAGAUUUUCGACGCUUUGGAUCAUUGGAAAAGCCAGGAAGAUCAGAUCGGUGAGGGGCUUUUGAAGACCCUCUGUGAAAUCGUCAAAGUCAUGGCGCAGGUGGCUACAUCAUCAUCAUUCGCCGGAGCAUCUGAGGCACCUAGGGAACAGAAACGAGAUUCUGGAGUCAUGAUGUCGGUGGGAUUUAAGUUUUCGUCAUCGGAUAUGGCCUCCGCAGAGGUUUCAUUAUUUGCCAAGACGUAUCGCAUUAUGAUUCAGGAUGUUGAAUCAGACGACGAGGAGUCAGAGAAGAUGAGGAAGGAGACUGAAAACAUGACAGCGGACCAAACUCGAGACUACUUCAUGAAGCUGUCCAGGGAAGCCAAAGAGAGGGAGGAAAAUCUGCUUGGACAAGCCGAGGAUGAGAGUGGUCGCGGAGAAUCGGAUCGAGAUGCAGACGACGACGACUCGAUGUCCUUCGGGGACCUGCGAGCCAGGAUGCCAAAGCCCUCGAAGGAGUCGAAGCCAGAGCCUCCAACAAAACACCAAGCGCUGUGUCUUCGAAUCUUGGAGAAGGCGGGCUACUUUCUGACGGCUACCUCGCCUCGCAUGCGGAUUCUAGCACUUGAGACGAUUCAGGAUGCAAUUAUUGUGCUCAAGGAUCGACCACAGGAGUUGAACCCCGCCAUCCACGCCUUUUGGCCCUCGAUUGUCGGCCGUGUACUGAAGCGAUCUGAGAAGGAUGUGUUUUUCGUGAGUUUGAGGGCCAUUGAGGUGGUCACAGUCCUAGCUGAAAAUUGCAGCGAUUUCCUUGGGCGGCAUUUGCUGGACGAUGUUUGGCCCUUUAUCCUAAGAGUGGUGCAAACAUGGACGAAACCGCCAUCGUCAGGGUCGAAAGUCGCACGGGUGAGAGAUGUUCCAAGUGGAAAGAAAACAAUUACUAGCACAAUGGAAUCCAACUCUACUUCCAAGCAUGAACGUCAACAGUCAAGAAAACAAGGCAGACGUGCCGGAUCCGAGAAGGUCUUCACAAUGGAACAUCGGCUACAAAUGGCGACUCUUGAGAGUGUAAGCAAGGUUGUGCGCAAGGUGCACAUACCGGUGCAACAGAUCUGGGAGAUGCUCUUGCUGGCGAGAGAUAUGAUACUGGAUCAUAACAUGAAUCUGCAUUGGGAUGUACGUAUUGCAGCCGCAGACGUUGUGAAAAGCAUGGCAGUUGCGGGACAUGGUGACUCAGUAUUCGUGGCAUUGGACGAGGUAGUACAACAGCACGAACAGGAUCGGCGUGAAAGUGGCAGUGGCAAGGAUGCUGAAGACGAGAAUGACAAUGCCGUGCAGAUGUGCCGCGAUAUCUUCGCGUUCAUGGAGGAGCAGUCGCUGUAA